AUUCCUUGCAGGAUAACUAUCAAUGACGGAUUUACAAGUUUUUGAAAUGAAUCCUCAGCUGAACUUUCCUAUUUCUGAUAAAACUAUUUAUCAAAUGGGAUUCAACUCAAGUGCUGCUCAACCAUCUGCUGCGAACUAUGUUACAGAGUCGAAUUCAUUAACAAAUCAUCUGCAAAUAUUGGACCUUUUGAAUCCCCAAACUUCCAGUGGCAGCGACGAUAAGAAAAGACAGUUUUUCGCAGAUUUGAUGACUCCACAUUAUGAAAAACAAGCUGAAAUUGAAAAGAAAAUUGAUGAUUUAUCGGAAGUUGUUCAUCAGUUUAUUCAGUCACAGCAAAGUUUGAACAAACUAAUCCUUGAGAAAUGUCUGGGUCGUAUUCCGUCUCCUCGAAUGACAAGUCCACAUCAACCUGAAGAUAAUUCAAUAGAUGACAUGGAUCCUCCUGUUCAAGAAGAAAUCGAAGAAAAAAUUGAAAAUGAUACUUUCGGUCAAAACGAAGUUACUGUGAAUCAGCAGCCAAUAAAUAAUCCAAUGCCAGUUUAUCCAGUUCCCAUUUCACAUGAACCUGCAAAUCUUCAUUCACCGAUUCGAAAUCGAUCAAUAUCUCCGGAAAAGAUGGAUACAACUGGAAAUUCAGGAGCAGGAAUGUCUGUCAGAGAUUUUCUAAAAAACACAAUGACAGUACAGAAAGCUGAUGAAAAGAUUUUGGAAGAAGAAUUAGAACGGGAGCGUGAUGAAGCGGCACAAACAGUGAGAUACAACAAAUUUCGAGUUAGAAAUCGCCCAAAGAAAUACAAACGAAGUGCUGUAACAUUUACAUCAUCUCUUGAAGCAGCUACAUCAUCAUCUUCAUCUACAAUACCUCAUCAAGAUCAGGGUCCAACAUUUUCAACACAUUCAACAAUUGGAAAUUCAUCGGAUACUAGUCAAUUAAUGGAACAAUUGGAUCAAUCACAAAAUGAUUCAAUCGAUAUUGAGGAAAACGUUUAUCAACCAAUUGUAGUUCCAUGUGUUCAAAGAGCUCCAGAACUUGACCUUACUCUCAUGCAACCAGUGUUUUCCACGGCUUCUUCAUACGUUCUCAAUUCUUCGGCACUGGACCCGACAACUCACCAGGCUCAAAGCAGUUUAUCAGCUCUUACAGACUCCAAAUUCCAAACUGAUCCGAAUAAUUUAUGGAAAGCAGUUGAUGGAGUUUCUCAAUUACUUGUUGAUGCUCCAUCUCUUCUGGAAUCAGAUCUUCGCUCAUUCACCGAUCACUCACAUCAUAGCAGUUUCCUUCCAUUUGUUGCAAAUCAUGAACCAUUACAUCGAUCAGCAUUUCUACCUCCACAAUAUCAUAAAGACCGACGCAUUCACCAACAAAUGGACUCUCAUCUGAGCGAUACUCUGCGAAAUUUGUAAAAAUAAUUUGUAUAUAUCUCAAAUUCCCCUAAUAACUGCACCGAAAAUGAAUUACAUGUAUUUGUUUUGAAUAUCAAUGAAUGAAUUUUAUCAAUAAAAAUUUUAUCAAUUG